AGCAAAUGAAAGGCUUUCAUGAAACUUCUCAUAGAAUCAAGAGUGAAUUUUUCAUUUUUUUUAAUGCCAAAUCAUGAACUAGUAAUUGCAUCCAAUCUCCAAAAAAAUUUCAAUUGUUUUGAACUUUCUCUUUUUUGAAUGGAAUAUUAAUGGAGUCCCCAAUUAUUUACACCUUAUAGGAACUACGAGAUCACCCCAAAGAUAUCUUCAGCAUCCAGUGGUCAUUGGCCAAUCAUAGAACCCUAUUCAAUGCAUUAGCCAUCCAUUCUAAAUAAGAUUGGCAUAACGGUUGCAUGCAGACUACUUGUGCCUCAAUCAUUUUAUUCUAAAGCCCCUCGAGAAAAUUUCUGAUUAACUCCCACAGAUAAGUCUGGAUACCUAGAUUGUUGAACUCAGAAAUUGUGGCCAACGAUUAAUAGAUCUUCUUAAUUUAUCUAACAUGAUUUGUGAAUAUAUAUUCAAUGGUGCAGCUUUUAUUGAGAAGAUAUUACGCACAGUGCCUGACGUGGGGAAAAUCUUUCUCUUGAUUAAGGCAAAGGAUAAGAAAGCUGCAAUUGACAGACUCAAAAUUGAAAUUUUAGACUCAGAACCUUUCAAGUGCUUGGAACAAAUGUAUGGGGAAUCCUUUAAGGAUUUCAUGAUAAGGAAGCUGGUCCCAGUAGUUGGGAAUGUUUGUGAAUCCAAUCUAGGGAUGGAUCCCUGUACAGCUAAUGAGAUCGCAAAAAAAGUUGAUGUGAUCAUAAAUUCAGCCGCCAAUACAACUUUUGAUGAAAUGUAUGAUGUUGCUCUCAACACAAACACAAGAGGACCUUCUCGGCUCUUAGGUUUUGCAAAGAGGUGCAAGAAACAUGACCUUUUCUUGCAUAUAUCAACCGCAUAUGUCAAUGGGGAGAGACAAGGAUUAAUUAUGGAAAAACCUUUCCACACGGGACAGACAAUAGCAGAGAGAAGUGCCACCUCAAAAACCCCACCGGUAUCUAUCCCAGUACUGGAUAUUAUUGCUGAAAUAGACUUGGUUUCAGAUUUGAAAUUAUCUGCGCAUGAAAAUGAUGUUGCUCAAAAGAUGAAAGAAUUGGGUCUUCAAAGGGCAAAAACCUUCAGAUGGCAAGACACUUACGUGUUCACGAAGGCCAUGGGUGAGAUGCUAGUAAAUAGCCAGAGAGGAAAUAUUCCAGUAGUCAUCAUUCGCCCUACUAUCGUUGAGAGUACCUAUAAAGAGCCUUGCCUUGGAUGGAUACAAGGAAACAGAAUGCUAGAUCCAGUGAUCAUAUACUGUAGCCGCGUUUUCCAAAAACGCGGCUACAAAACGGCUUUAGCCACCAAAAACGCGGCUAUAGGCCAACUCACAGGAUUUAUUGGGGACUCAAAAACAAUUAUAGACAUGGUUCCUACUGACAUGGUUGUCAACACGUCCAUAGCAGCCAUAGCAAAACAUGGAAUUGCUGCGAAACCAGGCUUAAAUGUCUACCAUGUUGGGUCAUCUUCUGUAAACCUGAUUACGUUUAAGGAUUUAGUCAAGUUUUGUUACGACCACUUCACUAGUUCUCCGUUGAUGGACUCAAAAGGAAAGAACAUCCACAUCACUGAAUUUAAGUAUUUUAGCUCAAUGGACAGUUUUUCCUCUUACAUAUCUGAUGAAUUAGCUCAAAGAAGUGCACUAAUGGAUGCAACCGUUUUAGACACUAAGCUGCAAGGUCAGCUGGAAAUGAAAUCCAAGAAGAAAGCGGAGCUUAUUCUUCACAUGGCUCAGUUAUAUUGGCCAUAUGCAUUCUAUGGGGGACGGUUUGACAAUCGUAAUACCCAGAAAUUGAUGGAAGAUAUGUCCUUAGAAGAAAUGAGGGACUUUGGAUUUGAUGUACGGGGCAUAAAUUGGGAGCAUUACAUCGUGGACGUUCACAUUCCAGGUUUAAGAAGGCAUGUCAUGAAGGAAAGACUGGCAUCAUAAUAACUAUGCUUUUGUUAGUGGUGUCCCCUUGCUGUAAUCAAUAAAUAAAAAAGAACCGUAUCUA